AUGGCACGUGCUCCGGAUCUCUCCUUUACCGAGCCAGCCCGCUUAUCCAUCUCACCUCUCCCCGCCAUGGCCAACAAGGACGACACGGAGACCUACAUCCUUCUCCUCCUAUCGGACAGCAACUUGCCAACAGGCUCAUUCGUCGCCUCUGCUGGUCUCGAGUCCCACGUCAAGCACGGCUUCGCUUCACUCUCGGCGUCUCCAGUCCAGGCCACCGUUGACUUUGUGCGCGACAGCCUUGGUUCCUACGCAAAGAGCGCGCUUCCAUUCGUAUCCGAUGCUCAUCGCACGGUCGAGCGUUUUGCCUCUUGCCUAGAACAAGAAGAUGGUGGAGAGGGAUUUUUGCAAGAUACGCUUGACAAGCUUACCGAGCUCGAUGAGUUAUAUCAGGUCAUGACUCUUAAUCACGUUGCCCGAAGGGCCUCCGUCGCCCAAGGUGUCGCGCUCCUCACACUCUAUUCAAGAGGCUUCUCGCGGCCUCCCACCCUGUCUGCUUUCUCGGCGAAGGAAUCACGGGCCGACGAAUCUCAAAUGUCGAGGCUCCUCAAUCAGUUCAAGCUCAAGGUGCGCAGGGAAGAAGUCCCCGGUCAUUUACCAAUCUGCUGGGGCGUCCUAACAGCAGCCCUUGGCCUAAAGUUAGAACGGGCGCAAUACCUCUAUCUAUUCCUCCAUGCAAGGGGUCUGCUUUCAGCUGCUGUUCGUCUCAACGACCUCGGACCGUAUGGUGCUCAGCAAAUUCUACUGCACGCUGUGCGUCCCUUGGUGGCUGCUGAAACGGAGAGGUGCAAAAUUUUACGCACAGGGUUGCUUCAAGGUUCAGAUGAUGGAUUUGACGACACGUUAUCAGGACCUGCGAACACAUGGCCACUGGGAGAGAUUUUGGCUGGACGCCACGACCUCCAGCAUUCCCGUAUAUUCAACAGUUAG